CUAUAGCAGAAAUAGAUACGAAAUAAUCAGACUUAGUGAAUGAUAAAGUUACUGAGAUGCAGAUUCAUCUGAUAUUUGCUUUGAUUUAAAAAGGUGUUUAUUCACUUUGGUGUGAACUGAUAAAAUUGUCUUUGUACAGAUCCAGACGCUGAGUAUGGGGUUAGUUUCCAUAACUCCGUGUCAACUACGCUCCAUUCUCUCGCUACCAAGCCUCCAGUCACUCAGCUUGACGGAUAUCAGAUCAGUUGACAUGGACGAUGGAGAGACACUGAAUCGUCAAAUAACCUCAGUAGAUGAGCUAUCUGUGGACGGUAAGCAUGUGACCAGUCUGUGGAAUCUUGGACUUCAUACAUCAUGUCCCCGAGUGAAAACUCUGAAACUUUUCUGGUCAAGACGGAGAAAUGUCUCAUCACAUAUCGUAACAUCAGAUAUCGUCACAACGGCCUGCUGUCCAUUCCAUAAUCUAACUCACCUUCACAUCCAGGCACUCCAGCCUUAUAAAUCAUGUACUAUACUGGAUGAUCCCGUAUCGUUCUGCAAGGCGGUUAAAACAUCAUGUCCUCGGCUCACCAAGCUGUCCCUUACCUGCAUUGACCUGUACACCAAGAAGGCAGCUGAGAUCAUCCAACUCAUGAAGACUCAUCCUCACCUGACAAGCAUAGAGUUGGAUUUGUGUCGUACGAGCGCGGAUCUGGAUCCACUGAUUUCUGAGGUAAACAGUGAAGGCAAGCUGACUGUCACCGUGAAGCAUGGUGUGUGGAAGGAUAGUGCAACGGUUAUGUAAUAUGUGGUUUGGCCGUCAAGCAACAACGUAUCAACGUUGGAAGAUGAUCCUCAUCAGACCACGUGAUGGCAGCAGACUACUACGGACUUCAAAAAAUAACUUGUCAAGUGAGGCGGUAACCAGGCUACCCGAAUAACUAACUGAAGGAUAUCUAAAGUUAAAAUGCAUGGAAUAUAGUAUCAUAAACAUUAGAAUACUUAUGCCCUGUCUUGAUACUUACAUAUACUAAAGCCAGAAACCUAUUUCAAUCACACUUGAAGCUUCAAGGUAAGCAAAAGUUUGACGGCUUGUGAACCCUUACCAUUUAACAUAAUCAUAAAAAGGGGUUUCCUAGCGACCAUAAGUUGGGUUGCAAUGUUAAAACAAUCUUUUCCAAUAUAAACUAGAGCCUACAAUAUACAGGCUACACUCAGCAAACAUGCUUUUACUUAGGCUUCUUCAUUUCUUCUUCAGUUACAAGGAACAACAAACUACAAACAAAUACAAUUUAUGUGAACUUAUUUGUAUCCAAAAAGAAAUUGUAUUGUUACUAUCAUUAGAUUCCUGGUAAGUAGAACUGACAAUGCAGAAGGUGAAAUGUGAAAUAUUAAAUGAAUCGAACAGAAGCGAUCUGAUUUGAACAAAUCUAAAAUCUCAAUAGAUUGUUUGAUAAACAAUCCAACCGUUUGUGUACUCAUAUUUGAUACACUGUCAUAAUGAUAUCACAUUUAUAUCGCAUUGUACUAUCAUAACAAGUUCAUCAGGAAUCUAAUCCGUAAGGAUCUGUUGAUAUAUCCUUCAUCUCGGUGAUACAUGUAUUCUGUAAGAAUUUCCGGUAUACCACCCUGAGGAUUUAUUUCAUGAACUACGGGUAACGUAAUUUGUUUCGACUAUUCCUGUUUAAUUAUUCAUCCAUUAUCAAGAAAGAUUGUUGAACAAUACCAUGUGUAGAAUGUAUAUACUCGAUCUAGACAAGCUUUAGACUUAUUUCUGUCCAAUCCAAUCAUUACUUGUUUUUUUAGAUUAAAAUAUUGAACAUAUUUGUUCCCUAAAUGUAAUCGUCAUAGCCAAGAAGUGAACAUACUCAUUUCUUGAUAAGAUGUACAAAAGCAUGAUAAAUUAUUUAAUAUGUAUAUGUGUGUAAAUAUAUCAUAAUCAUUAUACAUUGUAUCAUAUAUUUGUUUAGAAUUAUGCUUUUUGUUUUGUUUUGCUCUUCAGUCAAAUGGAAAAAGAACAUCCAUGCACAUUGAAUUUAAAUAUUGUGUCAUUACAUCAUUUCCCAGAAUGGAGACAUCUAACUAAUCUUACUCCUAACUUUGAUGUGAUCUAUUCUAGUUUGUGACAUGUAUCAAUUUAUACUCUAUUGUACAUUUAUUUCCAUUUAUGUCUCUACUGUAAUGAUGGUUUUCGUUAAUGCCUGUGUGGUAAUGAUUUUGUCAUUUGAUGUGCUGUACACCUGAACAACAGAAAGUGAUAAGUUGAGUCUUGCAAUGUGCGUUACGUUGUGAGAGAUGUAUUUCUUUCUGUUUGAGAUGUAUUGACAAAACAUUGCUUUUAUUACAGGCUCAUUGAUUGCCUUGAGUAAUUCUGAAAUCAUAUGAGAAAUGAUGAAUUUAUCUUUGUUAUAUUUCCAAUGUUCAAGGAUUUACAGGACUGCUGUAACGUGAUAUUUGAUAGUGGAAACAAAGAAUACUUAUGAAUAUGGAAGCAGUAUAGGACUUACAGAAUAUGAAUUUGGUUUGUUUGUAAGAACAACAAAUGUUUGUGACUAUCUCAUCAAUAAUUGUAGAGACAACAAUUUCGUAUAUUUAUCUAAGCAGUAAGAAUGUCAUUUGCUUUAAAUGAUUAUUUUAUCAUAUGAUAAGCAACUUAUUUGGUUAUGUCGUAGACAUUAUAGAUCCGUGGCUAUAUGGCCUUUUUAUGUUUGUUGAAGUUGUGAUGAUUUGUUUAUCAAGUAUAAACAAAAAAUGCUGUUAAGGUCUUUGUAAAAAUAUUUUGAGUGUUUGUGUGGAGCUAGCUGUUCUAAGAUGUAAUCGAUUGUCAGCUCCAGGAGGACAACAGUUAUGCUUGUUUUAUAUGUACGGCAUGAAAGAUGUAUAUUAUUAAUCCAAAUACAUUGUCAUUAUUCAUAUAAUUAUUCUUAUUUUGUAUAUUGUGAGAUUAAUCAGCAAGAAGAGAAUUUCAUCUACAAUGAAAAUACGAAGUUUCAUCGUUAAGAUAUUAAUAAUUUCGUGAACCAACCGUGACCCAAGACAUCGAAUGGUAACAAAUGAUAUCCAUUAACAAAAAUCACUCAAGUGAAAUUUCCCCAAAAUGCAGACAUUUCAAGACAUAACAUAUUAUUAGUGGUUUCUUUUUUCUCAUAAGCCUAGGAAAUUGUAAGUUGAAGAAAAUAUAAUCCCUUCGACUUUUACCAACACUGAUUUUGUGUGAGAGUUGUGUAUUGUGUUUAUUGUACGUGUGUACAUAAUAAUAAAUAUACGCACUUUCAGGGAAUUACAAACAGAUUAUAUGUCUUUGUACAUUUGUAUAAAAGAGAAUGAUCGAUCUAUAACCGAUUGAACUCAUGGGAUCCAAAAUGUUUUUGUUGUUGAAAGAUGGUAGAAGGGGAUAUAUCUCAAGAAAUUGAAUAAAAUAAUUAUGAAAGCCAUUUA